GCGCAGCGUACCCUCCGCGCCUAGCCGGAGGCGCGCGGCCCCGCCGCGCUGCCGCCCCCUCCCCUGUGGGACGCCGGCGGCCGCCAUGAAGGUGCUGGAUGGAAACAAGGCAAAAUACAUGUGUGGAGCUGAACCUCCUCUGCUGCAGUUCUAAAGCGUUAAAAUUAGCAGGAGAGCUGAGUGGGGUUAGAGGAGCUGACUGGUGAUGCAGAGAUGGUCUUCUGAGAGUUCUUGGUGCCAUCAGAUGUAGAAGAGAGCAAGCAGCUUACUGUUUAGUGGAAUGAGAAGAUAAACCUGACAACUAAGAAUGAAUUAUGGCAAUCUGCUGUAAAGAUGAAUGACCACUGCAGAACAACCCAGCUAAAGUUCUGAAGCAAGUGGUAGUGCCUGGACUCUCUACUGAAACUAUCUUCCAUUAAAUUCAAGCACACAAACAAGAGAUGGUCAGCAGUCAGCCUCUCCCCAUAGCAGACAGUGGGAAAAGGAAAAAGAAAAAAAGAACCAGAGCCACCGAUCAAGUCCCCGGGAAGUUUGAAGACUUGUACAAGCUGACUGCUGAGCUUCUUGGUGAGGGAGCAUAUGCCAAAGUUCAGGGUGCUGUCAGCCUUCAAACUGGGAAAGAAUAUGCGGUCAAAAUCAUUGAAAAAAGCGCUGGGCAUAGUCGGAGUCGGGUUUUCCGUGAAAUAGAAACGCUUUACCAGUGUCAGGGUAACAAGAAUAUUUUGGAGUUAAUAGAGUUUUUUGAAGAUGACACAAGAUACUACCUUGUCUUUGAGAAGCUGCGAGGAGGUUCAAUCCUGGCCCAUAUUCAAAAACGGAAGCACUUCAAUGAAAGAGAAGCUAGCAAAGUGGUGAGAGAUAUUGCCUCUGCUCUGGAUUUUCUUCAUACAAAAGGUAUUGCUCACCGGGACCUGAAGCCUGAAAACAUCCUGUGUGAAUCUCCAGAAAAGGUAUCACCAGUAAAAAUAUGUGACUUUGAUCUUGGUAGUGGGGUGAAGCUGAACAGUGCAUGUACUCCAAUAACUACUCCUGAAUUAACAACACCGUGUGGGUCUGCAGAAUACAUGGCACCUGAGGUGAUUGAAGUCUUCACAGAGGAGGCCACGUUCUAUGAUAAGCGAUGUGAUCUUUGGAGCCUGGGAGUGAUUCUGUACAUCAUGCUCAGUGGUUACCCCCCUUUUGUGGGCAACUGUGGCACGGACUGUGGUUGGGAUAGAGGAGAAGUCUGCAGAGUUUGCCAGAACAAGCUUUUUGAGAGCAUUCAGGAAGGCAAGUAUGAAUUUCCUGAGAAGGACUGGUCGCAUAUAUCGUCUGAGGCCAAAGAUCUCAUCUCAAAGUUGCUAGUUCGUGAUGCCAAAGAACGACUUAGUGCUGCUCAAGUUUUGCAACAUUCGUGGGUUCAAGGACAGGCUCCUGAAAGGGGAUUACCUACACCUCAAGUUCUUCAAAGGAACAGUAGCACAAAAGACCUGACACUUUUUGCUGCUGAGGCAAUAGCCCUUAACCGCCAGUUGUCUCAGCACGAGAAUGAACUCAGCGCAGAACAGGAGAACGUUGCCCAUGCUGUGUGCUCUAUGAAGCUGUCUCCUCCGUCCAAGUCCCGCCUUGCCAGGCGCAGAGCAAUGACGCAUGCCACCAAAACCAGUGACUUCCAGCCAGUUCCCCAUAAAGCCUUUUAAACUUCUUUCCUGCUAUGGAUUGGCAAGAUUGGCCUGUAUUCUUAUUUGGAUUUUCAGCGCUGAUAAAAGCUUCUCUGCUUCUGACACUUCGAUAAGAAGCUUGCUGUAGUGAUGUGACUUGUAAUUUUAAGGGGACAGCUUUUUAUGGGAAUGUUUUUUACCUGUCAGAUUUGGUGCAUUAAGAUAAUGUAACUGAUCUUUUUAAACUGGAGAAGUUGGGUUUGCUGCUGUAUUAUCUGAGGUGAUAAAUCACUAAGCUUUCCUUAUUUUCU